AGCCCUUUUUCUCUCUUCUUCUCUUGAAAACAGCUCUAACCGUAGCCUUUGGCCGAUAUUUUCAGGCAAAAAGGAAUUAAAACGAAAAGCCCACAAUGUCUCGUGUUGUAGCCGAAAAUAUAUCGUCCGAUAAUAAUAAUACUUCCCAGUUUUUUCCUCAUUCAAUGGAGAUUAUUGCCGGCGAAUUCUCAACCGCCACUGGAUCUUUACCAACGCUUGGACAAUUACUUAAACAUGUCGGCGAUGUAAGGAAAGAAAACACCGGCGACGAAACUCCGGUCCAUGAAAUUCUCGUCGAUGCCACAGAGCGGCGGCCGAUGCCAUUUGUUCUUUCCUUUAACAACCUUACUUAUAGUGUAAAGGUUCGCUGCAAGAUGGAGCUGCCAGGGUUCUUGAGACGGAGGAAUAGAAGAGCCGCCGCUUCCACCGUCGCCCGCAACCCACUUGCUGGAGAUAGUUUAUUUACCAGGACCAAGACCUUACUUGAUGAUAUCUCCGGGGAGGCUCGAGAUGGGGAGAUACUCGCCGUGCUUGGAGCAAGUGGGUCGGGGAAAUCGACGCUAAUAGAUGCUUUAGCUAAUAGAAUAGCUAAAGGAAGUUUGAAAGGGAACGUGACUUUAAACGGCGAAAUUUUAGAGUCGCGGAUGUUGAAAGUGAUUUCAGCUUAUGUUAUGCAAGAUGAUUUGCUUUUUCCAAUGCUUACUGUCGAAGAAACCUUAAUGUUUGCUGCUGAGUUUCGACUUCCGCGUACUUUGUCGAAAUCCAAGAAGAAAACGAGAGUUCAAGCUUUGAUUGAUCAACUAGGCUUAAGAAACGCAGCUAAAACUGUUAUUGGUGAUGAAGGUCAUCGUGGUGUUUCUGGUGGAGAGCGUCGUCGUGUAUCAAUCGGAAUUGAUAUAAUUCAUGACCCCAUUAUUCUGUUCUUGGAUGAGCCUACAUCAGGGCUUGAUUCGACCAGUGCUUUCAUGGUGGUGAAGGUUUUACAGAGGAUAGCUCAGAGUGGAAGCAUUGUUAUAAUGUCAAUUCAUCAACCAAGUUAUAGAAUUCUUGGAUUGCUUGACAGAUUGAUAUUUUUGUCCCGUGGACAAACUGUUUAUAGUGGUUCACCGACAAACCUGCCGCUAUAUUUCUCCGAGUUCGGGCAUCCGAUACCGGAGAAUGAGAACAAAACUGAGUUUGCUCUCGACUUAAUCCGGGAACUCGAAGGAUCUCCGGGAGGAACAAAAAGUUUGGUCGAAUUCAACAAGUCAUGGCAAAGCAUGAAGCAUACAAGAGACCCUGAGCCAGACCAGCUUGGUUUGUCCCUAAAAGAAGCAAUUAGCGCCAGUAUUUCUAGAGGUAAACUUGUCCCAGGUGCAACCAAUGAUGUCAGUUCAACUUCCUUGGUUCCAAGAUUUGCAAAUCCUUUUUGGAAAGAAAUGGUGGUGUUGUCCAACAGGUCGAUCUUGAACUCAAGGCGAAUGCCGGAGUUAUUUGGCAUCCGUUUGGGAGCAGUUUUAGUAACGGGGUUCAUUUUAGCAACGGUAUUUUGGCAGCUUGAUAAUUCACCAAAAGGGGCACAAGAAAGACUAGGGUUUUUCGCUUUUGCAAUGUCAACGACGUUUUACACUUGUGCCGACGCUCUGCCAGUUUUUCUCCAAGAAAGGUACAUUUUCAUGAGAGAAACUGCUUACAACGCUUACAGGAGAUUAUCUUAUGUUAUAUCAAAUGCGUUGGUAGUUUUACCAGGGCUGAUUUGCUUAUCAGUUGCUUUCGCGGCGACGACAUUUUGGGCCGUAGGCCUUGAUGGUGGAUUUUCAGGAUUCUUAUUCUAUUUGUUGAUCAUGUUUGCUUCAUUUUGGUCCGGAAGUUCAUUCGUCACAUUUCUAUCCGGUGUCGUUCCACAUGUGAUGUUGGGUUACACAAUCGUCGUCGCCAUUUUAGCCUAUUUCUUACUCUUUAGCGGCUUUUUUAUCAACCGUGACCGAAUCCCAGCCUAUUGGAUUUGGUUCCAUUACUUAUCCCUUGUCAAAUACCCAUAUGAAGCAGUUUUACAAAAUGAAUUUGAUAAUCCCACAAAAUGUUUUGUAAGAGGCACUCAAAUUUUUGACAAUUCACCACUUAGAGAAGUUCCAGCCCCUAUGAAAGUGAGAUUAUUGCAGGCAAUGAGCAAUACAUUGGGGAUGAGGAUUACCAGCUCAACAUGUUUGACUACAGGGUCGGAUAUUUUGAAACAAGAAGGGAUAACAGAUUUGAGCAAAUGGAAUUGCUUGUGGAUUACUGUGGCUUGGGGAUUCUUGUUCAGGAUUUUGUUUUAUUUCUCUUUGUUAUUGGGAAGCAAAAACAAGAGAACAUGAAGAAAAAAAAAAAAAAACCCAAACAGGUGAGGAAUUAAGCUUGUGGUUGGUGUAAGAACUGAAUUUGGCAGGGAAAGGAUGAUGUAAUUUGUCUGUUUCUUUUUGUUUUUAAGCUUAAUUUCUUCAAUUGGCUUUGUAAUUUGAUUGUUGAUAGAGCUGAGUUGAUCAGAUUCUGGUGUAAAACUGU